CCUUGUGAUUGGCUGUUACUCGAGCAGGAGGGAAAACUUUCAGGAAGUGAUCGGGUUCCAUUUUCAACCGGCUCAUAGUUUGUUGCUCACAAAAGUUUCGACAAUACAUCCGCAUUUGAUUACCGAGGACAGCACAUUAUCAUAAUCCUACAUAGGAACACGCUGAUAAUUGCCUUUGGUGGUCGUUUAAACACUUGGGCUUGGUAUUUCACUGAAAAACAAUGAUGCUGGAAGAUUAUGUUGAUAAAUUUCAAUGUCAGCACCGAAAAAGAGAGGGCUACCCAAACCGCUCCCAGAUGGCUUCAUACUGACUGAUAAUGUGAAGAAGAAAUGGAGGCUGGGGAAAGUCGUGGGUCAAGGUGGCUUUGGACUGAUCUACUAUGCAUCCCAAGACAUUGGCAGCGCCGUCUCAGCAGAUACUGACUUUGUUGUAAAAGUGGAAUAUCAUGAGAAUGGCCCUCUGUUCUGUGAGCUCAGCUUCUACAAGAGGGCAGGCAGACCAGAAAUGAUGCAAAAAUGGAUGCAAAGUAAAAGACUUGACCACCUCGGCAUCCCAAAAUACUGGGCAUCAGGGCAAGCAGAGUAUAAUGGCAUCAAGUAUCGUUUUAUGGUAAUGGAGCGACUCGGCACGGACCUUCAGAAAAUCAGCGAACGUAAUGGCGGUCGCUUUAAGAAGGCUACGGUGCUCCGAGUUGGUCAAGUUCUGGUAGACAUACUGGAAUAUAUCCACGAGAAUGAAUUUGUGCAUGCAGACAUCAAAGCUUCCAACCUUAUGCUGGGUCAUAGAAACCCUCAAGAGCUCUACCUAGCCGACUAUGGACUGGCUAAUCGGUACUGCAAUGAUGGAGUCCAAAAACAGUAUCAUGAAAAUCAUCGGAAAGGUCACGAUGGCACCAUUGAAUACACCAGUCUAGAUGCUCACAGAGGUGUUACUGGAUCCAGGCGUGGCGAUAUCCAGAUUCUUGGUUUUUGUCUUCUUCACUGGUUAUGUGGGUCUCUUCCCUGGGACGGUGAUCUGAAGAAUGCAGUAAAGGUCAUGGAAGCUAAGGAUAGACUGAUGGAUAGUCUGCCAGAGUCUGUCCAGCAGCUGUCAGUGAAUGGAGCCAGCACAGCUGAGGUUGCUUCCCUGCUCCUGUAUGUGAAGUCUCUGAACUUCCAUGACAAGCCUGACUACCAGCGUUUAAGGCAAAUAUUGUCUACUGGGACAAAGGAAAAACUGGAUUUCUCUGUACCACGUGGAGUCGGGGAGAAGAAGUCAGCGUCUAAGGCGCUUGAGCCCCCCAACAGGGGCAAGGCAAGAUGCAGCAGCACCAAGCACCAGCCAGCCAUGAGCUCAAUAGAGGUGCAGAAUGGCCAGAGAAAAGCAAAAGGUCAAGGUGUCUCCAAAGCCAAGCCUGUAGCCAUUGGAGAGGAGGAUGACGACGAGGAGGAUGACGACGAGGAGGAUGAGGGAGGGAGAGAGAAGAAACUAAAACAAGCAAGUUGCAACAGAAGACGGCAAAACGUUCCACAGAAGAGCGAUCGAGUCACAAGAUCACUGAGGUCGAGGGCUGGGACUCUGAAGUCUUACAAGGAAGAUGACAGCACGAAUGAUGAUGACGACGAAGAAGAGGAGGAGAAAGAAGAGGAUGUCAGAAGCAACCCCAUUGAUCCGCGUUACAUAAGAGGCCCCCCAAAAGGAAAGAGAGGGCGUCCUAAAAUGGUGUGAGAACGAGAACUCCGUGCCGAUUGCUUGCUAGAAUUUCUACACCAAAAUAAAAAAUUAAGUUAGAAAUAUUUUCUUUUUAUUUGAAUGUUUCAGCAAAUACUUCAAUAAAAACUUUCAAAUCUCA